UGUUUGUAGCCACAACAAGGUAAAGUCACAGGGACCCUACAAAUGUGGAGCUGAGCGCUAGCCUGGCAGUCCGCUGCCUCACUGGACAACAUGACCAGCCACUCCCAGGGAAUCCAUCAGCUACUGCAGGCAGAGAAACGGGCAAAGGAGAAGUUAGAAGAGGCCAAGAAGCGGAAGGGCAGGCGGCUGAAGCAGGCAAAGAGCGAGGCACAAGCUGAGAUUGAUCAAUACCGCCUGCAACGCGAGAGGGAAUUUAAACACAAACAAGAUUCGGUGCGUAUUGAUCCAAAUCAAAUGCGUUUCAUGCCUGCCUCUGGAAAGUCAGCUUUGGGAGGGGGUGGGGAUAGCAAUAGAUGACAUUUUGGGUCGGGACCCUUCAUCAGUAUAAUCCAGCAGUUCCCAAUGUUCAUAUUGGGGUGUAAGCUGCCCAAGCAGAAUAUGAGAUGUCCGGAAUCUAAUGACAUUGGUCAGGGAGUAGGUGGUCACACCUUUGCCAAAUAGAUUCCGUGGAAACGGAGUCUUAUGAUGACCAAAUGUAUAGGAAGGAACUGC